GGAACGCCCGAUCCGAUUUAGCACCAAGUGAGGAAUUCAUUAUUGGCGGAUCUUAUAUAAUGUCCUCUUCCACACUUCGAGAAAGGCACAAAGAAAAUUCUACGCCGAGUUCGGGAAUAUCCAAAAAUGUUGAUCGCUCACAUCACGUUGCAGAGGAAUUUGUUAAUCUCAGCACCAGUGAUGAUGACAAAGGUCGAUAUCCAAACUCGUUAAUACUAUGUUUUCUAAUGACUUUUCGAAUACUUGAUGCUCUCGUGACCAGAACUUACUUUAAUCCCGACGAGUACUGGCAAUCAGUCGAGCAGAUUAGAGGCGCCGCUCAUCCGAUGAUUUUUGCGGUGCUGUAUAAAUGUCUGGAAGUCAUUGGAGUUGACAGUACCGAUCUUUUUAUUUAUUCUCCUAGAAUAUUGCAAGCGAUAAUUGCAGCCAUCGGUGAUUUUUACACGUAUCGUUUGGCUCAAAAGUUUUUUGGCGACUCAACUGCAAAGUGGACCCUGUUUUGCUCGGUCGUCUCAUGGUUUAAUUUUUUUUGUUCAAUUCGCAUGCUAUCAAAUGGUGUUGAAAUGGUAUUAACCGUCGCUGCCUUACAUUAUUGGCCUUGGCCUUCAUUGGCGACUUUAAAGAACUGGGAGAAUCGAAAGAAAGACCUGCGUCUUUCGUUAUGCCUAUUCGCAGCCUCGUGCAUCUUGCGUCCAACCAACGUGAUAAUAUGGAGCUUUCUUUAUGUCCAAUUGCUUCUGGAAACACUCCAAUCCAUCUCUCUAUUCUAUGGAGUGCAUCCUUGGCAUUGGUAUCUCACUCAAGGAUUGCCGGUGAUCCUAACCUCCUUAAUCUCAUUUAUCAUCUUCGGCAUACAAUCGUCAAUGAAAAAACCGCACGACUGGCAACAUGUCAAAUCUUUAUUGCAACUGAUCGGUUGGGUGGUGGCGGUAUAUAGCUUAUUAGGACACAAAGAAUUUAGAUUCAUGUACCCUUUGCUACCAAUAUUUAUCUUGAUCGCGGGUUAUGGGUUUCAGAAGAUUCAUGAUAACGUGAAAUCGGGCUCGGAUGAAGCAAGAACGCGUUCACGAAAGUAUUUGAAACUUUCCGUGUCAUUUUUUUUAUUAACCAAUAUACCUAUGGCCUAUUAUGCGAGCAUUGUACAUCAGAGUGGUGUGAUAGAGGUGAUGAAUUACCUGAGGAAGGAGGUGGACAAUGGUGGUGUGAAAGAUAUUGGAUUCUUGAUGCCUUGCCAUUCCACGCCGUUUUAUAGUAAUCUACAUAGGAGAAUCGACAUGUGGUUUCUAACUUGUGAACCUCCGUUAGGAUUACAGGACGUAAAUAAAUAUAUGGACGAAGCAGAUCAAUUUUACGCGAAUCCUUUGGAAUUUCUAACUAAUCACUUUGAACCUUCCGUCACCCUAUCGUCUUCCGUUCAUCCUAAUAGCACAUUGCGGAAGUGGCCAAGUCAUUUGGUAGUCUUUGAGGCAUUAAUGGACGAUAUCGGAUCGACAUUGUCGGCUUCAGAUUAUACGCAAAAAGGGGGACCUCAACGGUUAUCACAAAAAACAUGUCUACAGAUCAUUUCUUUGUUGGGAAAAAUAAUGGAUCCGGAAAAUUUUGUCGAUUUGCUGCUCGACCGUAUCGAAGCUAAUGCCACUUUUCCGCGACAUUAUUCAUACUUCCAUUUAUAUUUAAAACCUUUGACAAAAUCAUCAAAUGUCACAACUUCUAACCUUCCGAGUGGGCCUUUCAAUUCUUACUAUGACGUCCUUUUUGCUUACAUUUGUUCCGACCUUAUUGCGCCCAGUAGUGAACUCACGUUCAAUGGCAUUUUUCUGACGCACCUGUUGAUCAAACGACUUCGAAAUUCCAUCAACCCUAAAUCAUAUACUUCGAUAUUAAGAUUCUUUAACACUUUUACGUCGGAACCACAUAUCUACCCUUUUAGACCCUGCAUUACUAUGCUGAUCGUUCAAGUCCUUAAUCCAGGCAGAGUACCCGGGCAUACCAUACAUUGGAUUUUGUCGUUUAUACGUGAUGAGGCCACAUGGUUGUUACAAGAGGUUGAUCAAGAAACCGUUUCCUCACAGGCUUUCACAUCCGAAAACAUUUCAUCUUUUCUUUCCGAACAAUUCGGCAAGUUGUCGCGAACAUUGAUGUAUGAUGACCUUGAACUUUCUCGUUUUAUCGAAGGAUUCUCCAAGGUUACCAACAUUAAGGUGAAGAUUAGUCUCACAGAUGAAGAAGUUAUUGCGAAUCUAAAGUUUUACGGCUUCUGGAAUAUUCUUGAAUAUUCCAUUCACCAUCCCUCCGAACACAGAUAUCUUCAAAGCGAGUUGCUUGAACCGGAGGAUUUCGUAAAGUUUCAAUCAUUACGUGUGUUGUUCAAAAUUUACCGCUUUGAGCAUCCCGACCAAAUUGAACCGUUAACAAAUCAAAUGAGGAUUUCUCGGUUGAUCACACGAAAAGAGAUCGACUCGAUGACAAUGGACACUUACUUGGCGCAACUGAUGCAUGAUCAAAUCGUUGAUAUCCAUCUUGAUCACCUCGAAGUGUCAAAAUUAGAAUUAGAGCAAUGUCUUAAGAUCAAACAGGAUUUUGAAUAUGACAAUGAAUUUUGGAUGAAUACUUUGGACACGUGCACAUCGGACAUGAGACUGUCAUUCGAAAAAUUUUCAGCCUUGGAAAAUGAAGAAAUUAUAUUGAAAUUGGUUGAAGUUGCAGAAUUGGUCACCAAUGUUCCUUUAAGGAAAGCACAUAUAAGACAAUUUCAUCAGCUAAAUGUGACAUUAACCACAUCUACCAAGUUGAUAAACCACAAAGACAUCAAUCGAUUAUUCCUUGACAUCUGGUUAACUGCGUUCUCUCGUCUAUUUACUACCAUUCCGCAUUCAACUUCAUCUAAAACAUCUAACGAUAAUUUACUAAGUUUAGCAACUGUAUUUUUAUGUGCUUUUUGCGCGUCCAUGCAAUUUACUUGGUUACCACCCGUAAAAAACUUAUCUAAACCUCCUGCAUUGGUGUUUGCUCCGUUCUUGGAAGGUCUUUACAAAAUAUAUCAUGGAUUAAUGUUGGAUGAAGAAUUCGAGAAUGAAGUUAUUGAAUAUGUCUUUGGGACAAUCUUUGAUAAAUUAGGAUUGGAAUUACCGUUGGAAGUAUUGAUCAGGGAAUCGGGAGAUCUGGAGAAAAUUAUCACUAGAUGCACUCUGAUGUCUAUAUUAGAAGAACGUCUUAGGAACAUUAACUGUUACGAUCACGAGAAAUAA